GACAGGAGGUUGUACACGACUCUGUCGCAUUUGGGUGCCGUGAGGAAGGGGUCGUGCAGGACUUAACAAAGAACGACACACAGGCUGCUGGCCGCUACUACUUGGUCUACAUUUGGUCACCGUGUUCACAGACAGCAGGCUUGCGUGUGCGACACGACUAGGCAUGAAACUACCCACAAUCCCAUGUCACAUGACAUGGAACACAGAGUUAAAAUGAAUGUGGAACAUGAAAUUCAGCUUCUUGUUGGUGAAAUAAAUCGCUUAGGAACCGAGGGUGCCGAUGGUAAAGUUCAAGUUACCUUUGGAACCCUUUUUAAUGACGAAAAAUGUGCAAAUAUUUUUGAAGCUCUUGUUGGGACAUUGCGAGCGGCUAAAAGAAAAAAGAUUAUCAGUUAUGAAGGUGAACUUCUAUUGCAAGGUGUUCAUGACAAAGUUGUUAUUUCUAUACUUUAAGUUUUAAACAGUAUUGUAAUUGUUUAUGAAGCAUUAAUGGUUCGUUCUUGACGAACUUUAAAUUUACACUAUAUUUAUUUUGUAAAUUUACUUUUUUUUAAUUAAAAAAAAUAAUAAAUAUUUUCGACUUAAAUCUU